UGCAAAAACAAAUCAGCCAAUUAAGUGGGACCAACAAAUGACACCAGCUAAAGCUACACCUGCUGUUGAACACAAAAAAGUUUCUAAAAUCAAAGAUCUUAACCCCUUCAAAUACAAGAAAAUGGACUUCUUAGUUACUGUGACAAUAAGAAAGAUUGAUAGCUCCUGGUGGUACAACUCUUGCUACAAAUGUGCGAGAACUGCUAAACCCUACGGUGACUUAUACAAGUGCACCGACAGCACCUGCAAUUAUAUUGGCAAACCAGUCCAGAGGUAUAAGCUUAGCAUUAUUGCUGGAGAUGAGACGGGUGACACAAAUUUAUCAUGUUUGGAAGGUGGGUUCAGCGCUUGACAAAGAAAGCUGCUGAUACACUUAUCGCUGAGAAUCCACAGGGUUUCAUUCUAAAUGAGAUCACAAGGCUCUUAGAAAAA